UUUGAGGGGAUCGGCUUGUAAAAGCUAAAUUUCCCUUCAAAAAAAUUCAUAAUGGAAAACAGCAAGUUGAUAGCUACGGUGGCGAGCAUAUGGAUUCAGUGCACCUGCGGCCCAUCCUAUGCCUUCGGAAUAUACUCGGCCGUCCUAAAAUCCAGUCAAGGAUACGAUCAAUCCACUUUAGAUACCGUCUCCGUGUUCAAAGACAUUGGCACUAGUGUUGGAGUUUUAGCCGGUAUUCUCUACCACUCCGUCGCCGAUAACAAAAGGAGCUCACGUCCGUCGUCGUCUUGUUUCGGAUUGGGUCUGCGGGUGGUUUACUUGGCCGGAGCAUUUCAGUUCUUUGCCGGUUACUUUUUAAUGUGGUUGUCAGUCACCGGAAUCCUUGAGAAGCCUCCGGUUCUGCUCAUGUGUUUCUUCAUGUUCAUGGCGGCACAUGCACAGACUUUCUUCGACACUGCCAACAUCGUCGUCGCCGUUCAGAACUUCCCCGGAUACAGCGGAACCAGCGUUGGCAUUAUGAAGGGAUUUCUUGGUCUAAGCGGAGCGAUACUAAUUCAAAUCUACCACACGUUUUUCGAUGGCAACCCAAGCACCUUCUUGCUGAUGCUCGCUGUGUUUCCAGCGUCGCUGUCACUCUUGCUCAUGUCUUUGGUUCACGUAAACCCCUCGAACACGAGCAAUGACAAGAACCAUUUAAAUGGCUUCUCGAUUGUGGCCCUCGCCGUUGCUGCAUAUCUAAUGAUCGCAAUCAUCUUUGAAAACAUGUUUGCAUUCCCAUCAUGGGCUCACAUCCUAACAACCUUUGGUCUCCUGAUUCUGGUGUCUUCACCUCUUAAAAUCGCACUCACAGCUCAAAGAAACGAACAACCACCACCAUCCUCCACUAUGGAUCCGUUGAUUGUAGCUUCAGAGGCUCACGAGGUUGCACUUGUUGAAAUGAAUGCACUACAAGCCGUCUCCACCAUCAACUUCUGGCUGCUUUUUGUUAUCAUGUUGUUUGGUGUUGGGUCCGGGUUGGCGACGAUCAACAACAUAAGUCAGAUAGGCCAGUCUUUAAAGUACACAACAGUUGAGAUCAACGCCAUGGUUUCUUUGUGGAGCAUAUGGAACUUUAUUGGGAGGUUUGGUGGUGGUUUUGUGUCUGAUAUGUUUUUACACAAAUACGGCUUGGGGAGGCCUUUGUUUAUCUCUCUUACACAAGCAGGAAUGGUAGCAGGUCAUUUGAUCAUUGGCUCAUGUGGGAAUUUGUUGAUUGGUUCAGUGAUCGUGAGUAUUUGCCAUGGAUCACUAUGGUCGUUGAUGCCUACAAUCACUUCUGAAAUCUUUGGGGUGAAGCAUAUGGGGACGAUUAUCAAUACAAUUGGUGUAGCUAAUCCUAUUGGUUCGUAUAUACUUUCUGUGGGAGUGAUUGGUAGCAUUUACGACAAGGAAGCAGAAGCAGGAGGGGGUUCUUGUUAUGGGAUUCAUUGCUUUAUGAUUUCGUAUUUUUUGUUUGCUGGGGGUUGUGUUUUUGGGAUUCUUGUUUCGUUGGUGUUAUUUUUUCGAACAAAGGGUUUUUAUGCGUUGACUUUUCAAAGACGGUUGAAGGAACUUCAAGUGUAG